GAUCUUACUUACCGAUUAUCUUUCCCCCCCGCUCCCUCUCUUUUAACGCUUCCGCCUCUCGGCACUGCCUGUCUUUCAUUCCAUUCACUGUGCUUCCCGCUCUCACCCGCCGGUACUGGCAUUCAUCACCGAGCUCGCUUCUCCAUCCGCAAGUGGCUGGUGUCGUGUGUAAAUACGAACAGACCCUGGGAAAUCUUCGAACAAGCCCGACCUCGAGCCAUUGACGAGCAUUCUACACUAAUCACCCCUCCCAAGCUUACCAAACCAUUCUUCCCUGUCACUGCCGCUUCACAGUGCGGGGAGGAUUCCAGGGCUGUCGAUACGCUCGUUCAUUCUACUCCACGAGUAUCGUUGCACCCUGGACGCGAUGCUCAAGAAGAGGACUUUGCAUCCUCCCAUCCUCUUUCGGCAUCACACUCCCACCACAACACCUGAACUCUCUCCGACGACUUCCUCAUCGGACAGCGAGUCGGACGAGGACAUGGACUCCCCCCGUCCGCGUCCGCUGAGUUUGAACGUCCCGCCUGACGCAUUCUGUCCUAUGCGUCCCUCCUUAGAUGAGGUGCUUGCGAACACCGCUCCUGCACCCUACACCCUCAGUGCCUUUAUGGCUUAUCUCUCUCAGAAUCAUUGUUUGGAAACCCUCGAGUUCACCCUGGAGGCGAAGCGGUACCGAGACACCUACAAUGCUCUGAGUCACCGAUUGAAUCAAUUCCCGAUUGCCACUGACUGUUCCGAAAGUCAACAUUUGCGUAUGCUUUGGCAGCGACUGUUAACAGCCUACAUCAUCCCGGGUGCCCCUCGGGAGAUCAAUGUCUCCAGUGAAGUCCGCGAAGACAUCCUUCGAUAUGCGAAUCAAAUCCCACCGCCGCCCCCGGAAAUCCUGGACGUCGCAGUCAAGCUCGUUCAUGACUUGAUGGAAGAGUCAAUCUUCAUCCCAUUCCUGAACGCCCAUGCCGCUGCCGCUCACGUUUUCCCGCUAUCCGAGCCAUUAUUUCCUCACGAGGAGGACAUCACGGUUGUUGCCAACGCGAGUCUCGACGAUCACACGGUGAAGCGGGUUCGUUCGAAAGGCCGCCGCUUGUCACCCCGUUCCUCUAAAGAAUUAGGCUCCCCGGUCUCCGUCGGCUCCCCGACCGGCCACUCCACUCGGUCGAACUUUUCGUUGAGUGCAAUGACAUCGUCUCUGACCAAGGCGGGCCAUCGCACGUCGAGUCAUAUUACUAGUACUAGCGGAGAGUCCGCGUCGGGCGGCGCACUCACGGACGAUUCGGGAAGUGUACAAUCGAACGCCAGUGCAGGCGAGCCUAUGACACCGCCGACGACGCCACCCUCGAGUGAUCCCCACUGCAUGCAACUCGGCCACAGCCCGAGGCGGUCCGACAAUCCGUGGAAGAAAAUGGGAAUGAAGUUGGGGUUCAAGAAGCGCUCUGGGAACAGUGGUUCCGGCAGCCAUCAUUUCAAAGUAUCUGGCAUGGAUGAAUGACUGGCCGUCCGAGCUCCAAAGACAGCGCCUGCUCUACCACGAAAGCCGGGUAGUUUCUGGCAGAGUGUGAAGCUCUGCUGCUGUCCCCUUUGCGGGACACCUUCACUUCGCCCUUGAUCAGCCGCCUUGGGGAGUCAUACGAAAAGGCUGCGACAUUCUCCCUUUCUCUUCCUACUCGAACGUUUACGAAGUCAUCC